AUGAGAGGCUAUGAGGGAGAAGGAGGAAAGUCCAAGCGGAGGCGUAAAAAACCAAAGACAUUGAAGGGUCAGGCCGUGUCCCAAGAAACCGAGAAAGCAAGUGAACAAUUCAUCGAAUCCAUGCAGUCCCACCCAAAUCCACCCAAUUCCUCUCAACUAUCCCGAGAAACCUAUUCCAUUCGACCCCUCAAUAAUCAAAAUCACGAGCAAUCAAUAGGAAGAAUCACCCCGGACCCAGUUGACCCUCAAGUAGACAUGUUAUCCCAGUAUUUUCAAAACCAACAUCACGAACACAGACACAUCCUUGAAGAGCAACAAUGGGCAGACGUAUAUGGACCAAUGUUCUCCUCGUUUUACAAUUGCGCAGCAAAAACCGCCAACUGGGGUGAUCUUGAAAAAUGGAACACUGAUUGGAAACCCACAUGUGGCUGUAUCCCAAUUCGUCAAAGGCCUGUGGUACUCGUGGAUAUCCUCAGUCGUAAAGAGGAGCGCAUUGACUUCUGCCACUGCCAGCCGGACCAAGUAAGGCUGAUCCAGAUGGGGUACAUCGGCGCAUCCCCCAAAUUCCCAAAGACCGCAUUUUCGAUCCGACUGCUUCAAUUACAUCACAUACUAUGGAAACAUUGUACUAUUGCCAUGCUACCCUUCUCAAAAGCUAUUGAUGAAUUUCUGGAUAUCAACAAUCCCCUCAUACUGGUUCCUCACGGUGAAGAUGACUUUGAUGAAUCAGUCAGUACUCGUCAUUGGAGGAAGCAGUUAAGUAAAGCGGUUGAUGCCUUCCGGGAAAUGCUUAAAAGAGAGAAGGAAUUAGUGGCCCAGGUGAUGAAAUUGGACCCGUUAGGUGAACUAGCUGACAUUUGCCCCAAAUGUUAUGGACCACAAGUCGAUGGUAAAAGAGAAGGAGAACCAGAUUACAUUUUAUGUAUGGAUGGAAAUUUCCAACAUCGCAGACACCUCAAAGCCAGUGUUGAGCACUCUGAAAAUAUCAAAACUCCCAGCCUUUUCGUUCAGCCGUGUGAAGUAUCCGAGAUGGAAGAAUCACUUGCACGAUUACAACAACCAACCCAAACGAUGGAAGGUAGUCACAGGUGCACUGAGCAGCACACAGCGGCCAAUGACACGAGAAAUGGAAGUACUUGGAAGCAUUGUGAUGAUACUGGACUAUUUGGGAUGGCUUGCCGGCAUGAUCAGAUGAUCAGGAUGAUCAACAUUGUCAAGAGUGGUGAGAAAUCCUAUUUCCCUUUAACCAUGAUUAACCACAUGGUACAGGUCACCAAAGAAGACCACGGAGCGCGCAAGAAGCUAGCAUUCCUGUAUGACAUAGGAUGCAACCUUGAGAAAGGAAUUAUGCGACGUAAUCAAUUUCCAUACGAGAUGACUCAUAAUUUGCUCCGGUUUGGCACAAGUGUUUUCCAUGCAUAUGUGCAUGAGUGGACCUGCCAGCUCCGAUACAAUCCCAGAUUGAACCAAGGGUGGGGAAUGUCAGACGGGGAGGGGAUGGAGCGUCUGUGGUCCCAUUUGUCACCAUUAAUCAGCCAACUCCGUUAUUCCACCAAGAAUCACCGACUGUCCGCAAUUGACCUACAAGUGAAUCAUCAUAACAACAAUGGAAGAAAAUCAGCAUUUCGUUCACUUUUAGAAAGAGGGAAGCAAAUUGAAGGAAUUUUGAAAGAAUCCCAGCAAACCCUGUUACAAGUGGAGAGGUCAUCUGGUCACACAUUGUCGUAUUUGAAGGACCAAUGGAAUCGACAGAGGCAAAUGCAACUGGAGGCAAUGGAAAAUGAUACUGAAUUGCAAAUGAGAAAACAAGUAGAAGAGCUUGUUAUGUUGGAGGACCAACUCCGAGCAACACAGAAAUGGUUGAACUCGGAAGAACCAGGCGCAGGAAUCGUAUGGAAGCUCAGACCUUGCAGAUGGAACAAGGUUCUGAUCAUCUACGUGUGUUAG